CACAUGUCGUUUAUCGGGACAUGGCCGUUGUGCUUUGGGCUGAUGAGUGCGGAUAAAACAUUGCGUGGCGUGUUCGAUCGAACUUGUCAGAGACUUCUCCAAAUGGUUAUGGCAACAGAGUUACCGUCGAGUGGAAAUUCGGAUCAAAAUCAACAUAAAUCUGACGCUAUGGCCGACACGAACAAAGGUUCACCGAAAGCUAGUACACCAAACGAAAGACAAAACUCAAGAGCGUUGCGUUCGAAAUCUUCACGCCAAAACUCGAACUUUAUAUCCAAAAGCGAUUUAGAAGAACUUAAUAGACAUGGAAAAGAUAAGGAACAAUCAUCUAAGCAAUUGGACCCCGAUGAAAGCCAUGGCAAUAAUAAGAGUGACACGCACUCCCAAGUGGCUCAACUGAGACAACUGUUGUUACUUCACCUUGAGCUUAUUCAACAACAGCAAGAAAAGCUUCAAAAAAGAGACCGAGAGCUCAAUCAAUUAAAAAUAGAAAAGGAGCAGUUGGAAUCUCGUAUUCAUCGUAUGGAAAGAAGAAUGGCUGUCAAAAAGAGGCGUGGUGAUUAUAUAAGCAGUGACUAUGAAACGCCAUUGGAUGCCACAACAAAGCCUACAGCCCCUAAAAGACGCUUGUCAGCAGAACAACUUAUACGAAGUAAAAGAGUCCCCACAACUGCAUCUGUAGUCAUUUCUUCGCACACUAGCAAUGACGUAAGUUUUGAUUCAAAUAUCAGAACUGAAUUGCUAUAUCUACACUCUAAACCAACUCAAUCAACAACACCUGAGACACCACAAGUUCUACAAAAUAGUAAUUUUAAAGAYGUGAAAGUCAAUGAAUGCAAGAAUGAAGAAAGCCAAGAAAAAACAAAGAGUAUAGUAGUGCCAAGUUGGAAGGUUAGUGAYCUACCUCCUGUCAGCCACAAAGGAGGAAGAUCAAGCUCAGCUACAAGGUCAACAGCUACAGUAACAAGUACAGAUCCACCAGAGAAUAUUGAUGAUGAAGCUUUCUCCAAAAGACACUGCAAACAAGAGGCAGAAGAAAAGAGACGAAAACGAUGGGAUGUUCAAAGAUUAAGAGCCAUGCAACUUCAUAAAAAUUUAGAAGAAAAGAACAGAUUAAGAGAAGAAUCAAGGCUUAAAGGACGUAAAUAUAAGGGCAAAGACUCAAACUCUGACACAGACACAACUUUCCAGUCAUUUCUACCUUCUAAAGAUGACAUUAUGGCAAUAGAGGUGUCGGAAACAGUUCCAGUUUCUGUUUUUGGAUAUCCAGUUCCACUAUUUCAAGUAAAAGAGUUUGAAGUUCCCUGGUUCAGUCUAGACAGAAGAGAACUACAGGAACGUGCAACUAAAACCAGGGGAAGGGGUGGUGUUGGAAGGGGUAGGGGUAGAGGGCGGGGACGAGGAAGGGGUAGGGGRAGAGGAAGAGGGAGAGGAAGGGCUCAUGUUUUAUGAUGUAUGUUUUGUAAKGCAUUUUGUAAUAUAUUUUCAGUUUGUGAUGUUGUUAAAAUAUGUUAAAUUGUUUUCUUUAAUGUAUCUUUUUUAGGAUUCUAUAAUGCUCUUACUUUAGGAUAAUAACUUCUAUUUUUAAAGAUAAUUUUUAUUUUCUUUAGAUAGGUUAUUAAUUGAACUUUGACCAAGUGGAUAGCAUGGUUGACCAGUGACAACGUUCUGUAAACAACUAGGGAGUCAUUUGUUGUGUGAAUAUUUUCAACACUUGAAACUAAAAUAAUGUAAUAAUUAAAGGUCUGAAUAGUUAAUGCUAUGACAAUUAAUGGUGAAAAAUGCACUCACACUUAAACAAUCAUUGCUUUGUUAAAAGUUAUUCUAUCAUGGUAGUUAGACAUACACUAAACUAAUUUUCUUCGUAGGGUGCUUUCCAUUGAGUUUUCAAGUUUUCCAYUAUUUUAUUGGAUAAAGUUUAGAGAUGAUUCUUCUCCUGGAUCAGCAAUUAUUAAAAUAGAAUUGUCUUUGGGUCUGCCAACCAGUUCUGACAAAUGAAAAGUGCUUUAAUACUAACUUGACCAACAAAUUUAUAACUAAGGCAACUCCCUUGUACUCUUUUCAAGUCUCAACUUCCAUAUGUUCAAUUCAAAGCAGACACAGAAAACAGUAGCCUCUUUAGCAGUCAUUUUUAGSAUCAUUUGGUUGGGAGAUGAUUGAACUGAUAAAAAUAUCUGCUACAGAGAAAAAUAACUGAAAAAAAUAUCUGCUAAUAAGAAAACAAAGGAAUUUUUUACAGACAUCCAGGAAUUAUCUUUUACUUCAAGAUUUUUUUAACUUCACUUUUGCCUAGUAUCUAUUUCACUCUUUUUUGACUWUGGUCUGGUAUAUGGGUAGAUUGUUAAGGCCCGUUUACACUUGCAAUUUUUGCAGCAUGAUAGUAGCCGCUUUGCUGUUGCACAUCUAAAAUUGUAUGUGUAGACAGCCCUACGAUUAUUGCACCGAUGGAAAAUCACUGCAAAGUUGCAGCCAAUUUUCAAGCAUGUUAGAAACUCMGACGAUGGUUGCACAACGAUCACCGCAAGAAUCGCUCUGCAAAAUCGCAAGUGUAAAGGGGCCUUUAGCUUUUGAAAAACAGAGAAAUAGGAUUUUACACAGAGCUUUGAAGAUCAAAUAACCUUAAAGUAGAGGCAGUCGUGGUAGUGCAAGUCCCCAGAACCUGUUUCUUUGUUCUUUUUUUUAUUUAACUGAGUUUUAUAAUUUGCAUUCAAACAACACCAUAGCACUUGUAUAGAAAAAAUGGAGAAUCGGAACCCCAUCUUGUAUCUAAAAAGUCCUGAAUCUGCAACCAAGGGGAAGUUGUCUCUUAUUCUCAGGAGAAUGUUCUCACCUUUACAGGUCAACCUUCUCACAAUCAAAUUGCUCUUAGAGCUUAUUCCUUUUGCAAAAUGGAGUGAAUUUUAAWGUAACAUUUCCCUAUUCUUUUAAAGAAAAGUUAGAAAAUAUCCCAUUUCCAUUUCACUUCUAAUGAUUGAGCAGACAAUAAUUCCAUUCUAGAAUCACAAUUGUUUUGAAUGUUAAAUUGUUUAUAGGUUAUUUCAAUUAUUGUUUAAUGCUACUGACAAAAUAAAGAAUUAUUAAGAAAGCCA